AAAAAUCAAGAUGGCGGAUGAUCGUGAACCUCCUGCGCUUUUCGACGAUGAAGCUGAAACACCAGAGACCAACCCGGACGAACAAGUUAACGGUAAUCCCCUAAUCGGAGAGACCACAGAAAUUUCUCUGAAUGACGAGGAAGCCAAGGCAGAUACUACUCCUGAAGAGAAUGACAAGGGUUCCUCCGAUCUUGCUGCAGACGGGAACGAGGAAAAGUCCGAAAUUUCUGCGGCGGCCUCCGUGGAUGUCACCAACCUCUCUAAACCGAGCGAAGAUGACAGCGAACCAGCUCCUAAAGAAAAACCUGAGGAAAAGGAAAUUGAAGAAGAAGAGGAAGAUGAUACCUUUGACAUGAAUAUUAAAGUGACAGAUCCUGAAAAGAUUGGUGAUGGCAUGGGCUCUUACAUGGUUUUUAAAGUGACAACAGUGACAAGCAUGCCAACAUUCAAGAAUUCGGAGACAUCUGUGAAGCGGCGAUUUAGUGAUUUCCUAGGACUACAUGAUCGACUCAAUAGCAAAUUUCUUCAUCUUGGAAAGAUAGUGCCUCCAGCUCCUGAGAAGUCUGUGGUUGGCAUGACCAGGGUCAAGCUGGGAAAAGGAGAGGAAAGUACUCCAGUUGACUUUAUUUCCAAGAGGAGAGCUGCUCUAGAGAGAUAUCUUAACAGAGUUGCACGACAUCCAACCUUGCGUGAAGAUCCAGAUUUCCGACAAUUUUUAGAAGCUGAUGGGUUACCCCGAGCCAAAGACACAGCAGCACUCAGUGGAGGUGGUCUGAAGCGAUUUGUGAAGUCAGUUGGAGAUACCAUGUUUCAACUUACCACUAAGAUGUCUGAAUCAGACCAGUGGUUUGAGGAGAAGCAGCAACAGAUUGAAACUCUUGACCAGCAAUUAAAGAAACUUCAUCUGAGUAUGGAAACACUAGCAAUGCAGCGAAAAGAAUUGAGCUCUUGCACUGCAGGUUUUGCCAAGUCUACUGCUAUGCUUAGUAACGCAGAGGAACAUGCUACAUUAUCACGGGCACUUUCACAGCUAGCUGAAGUUGAAGAGAAGAUUGAGCAGCUCCACGUACAACAGGCGGACAGUGAUUUUUAUGUUUUGGCUGAACUGCUGAAAGAUUAUAUUGGUCUGAUUCAAGCAGUCAAGGCAAGCUUUCAAGAGCGUGUCCGAUCUUACAGUAACUGGCAACAUGCACAGCAGAUGUUGACAAAGAAACGAGAAGCUUUGGUAAAGCUGGAACUUGCAUCAAAAAAUGAAAAGCUCCCUCAAGCACAGGAGGAAGUGAAAGAGUGGGAACAUAAAGUGGAGAAAGGGGAGGAAGAUUUUGGCAAGAUUUCUAAGGCGAUUCAGAAGGAGAUGGCCCGAUUUGAGAAAAACCGAGUGAAGGACUUCCGGGAAUCUCUGAUCAAAUACUUGGAAGACAUGAUGGAAAGCCAACAACAGUUGAUCAAGUACUGGGAAGCUUUCUUACCGGAAGCUAAGGCCAUUGCAUAGACGCCUUUCAAAAAUAUCAUAAUUUUUCAAUUACAGUUUAACCUGAGAACAUAUGAGUAUUUUCUUCAAGAACUUAAUUCUUGAAUUGCUUUUUUUCAAAACAUGACAGCGACGUUGUUGACUUAUCAUCAGUGUUUAUCCGUCAUUUCAUAGAGAUAUCGUGACCGUACUUGCACCUUUGGUUAUUCCACAGUCCGUAGAAAUCGGAAAGAAAUUUAAAUCUGUCGGAAAUGAUUUAACGUAAAAAAAUCAAUUUUGCUCAAGGGGAGGGAGCGAUAACCAGAUGAUGUUUGUAGUAUUUUUCGUACUCAAAAUAUCACUAGAAUUAAAGUGUUGACUACAAUGCAAUCAUGCUUGAAGAAAUCGAAAUGAACAUUAUGUGGUUUGUUCACUUAAAAUGACCAGCUCUAAGAAUCUUCAUAGGAAUAGUUUGGAAAUUAAAUUUCGUCAGCAGUGUUUGGGUUCCUUCAUUUUUAGUAAAAUCAAUGAACGCACCUAAAGAAACAAAAAAAAUAGCUUUUUUGUAGGUAAAGAAUGUUGAUGUCUCAAGUUAUAGACACUGAAAUAAAGUUAAAUCGUAAGAUGUUUCCAGUUA